AAGGCUACUUCACGUUGCAGGUGAGUCGAUCGCGAGUUUGGAGAAAGGCAGAAGAGAGGAAGGGGGAGAUGGGGAACGUCAAAGAGGCGCGCAGCCCCCUAAUUCUCCACAACGCCUUCCUCGUCACCAUGGACCCCGCCGCCCGCGUCUUCCGCGACGGCGCCCUCGUUGUCGUCGGCGACCGUAUCCAGGCCCUCGGUCCCUCCGCCCAGAUUCUCCGUGACUUCUCCCACCUCGCCGCUGCCGAGUCGAUCGUCGACCUCGGCUCCCGAUUCCUCCUCCCAGGGUUCGUCAACACGCAUGUGCACUCGUCGCAGCAGCUGGCCAGGGGCAUCGCCGACGACGUGGACCUGAAGACGUGGCUCCAUGAGCGAAUUUGGCCGUACGAAUCUCGCAUGACGGAGGAGGACUCCUACCUCUCGACGCUUCUCUGUGGGAUCGAGCUCAUCCAUUCCGGAGUAACCUGCUUUGCUGAAGCAGGUGGGCAGCACGUUAGUGGAAUGGCCAGGGCAGUAAAAGAAUUGGGCCUGCGUGCAUGUUUAACGCAAUCCACUAUGGACACAGGUGAUGGAUUGCCUGAAAACUGGAGUGCAUCUUCUACUGAUGAUUGUAUUCAGUCUCAGAAGGAACUUUACAAGAAGCAUCAUAAUACAGCAGAUGGUCGUAUCAGAGUAUGGUUUGGAUUGAGACAAAUUAUGAAUGCAACUGAUCAGUUAUUGCUCAAAACAAGAGAUGUGGCUGAGGAACUGAAGACAGGCAUCCAUAUGCAUGUUGCAGAAAUUCCUUAUGAAAAUCAGCUUGUGAUGAACACCAGAAAAAUUAAUCAUGGUACAGUAACAUACUUGGAGAAAAUUGGUCUUCUACGGAGCAACUUGUUGGCAGCUCAUUCUGUUUGGAUAAAUGAAGAAGAGUUUCUUUUACAGAUCGAAUUCUUCUCUAAGGCUGGUGUGAAGGUUUCUCACUGCCCUGCUGCUGCAAUGCGCAUGCUUGGGUUUGCUCCUGUAAAAGAAAUGCUUGAAGCUGGUAUUUGUGUAUCUCUUGGUACAGAUGGGGCACCAUCCAACAAUAGGAUGAGCAUUGUUGAUGAGAUGUAUCUAGCUUCACUUAUAAAUAAAGGUCGAGAAGCUUAUAUGAAUGGGCAAACCAACCCAACUGCUCUACCUGCUGUAGCAAUUUUAGAGAUGGUCACAAUAAAUGGUGCAAAAUCAGUGCUAUGGGACAAUGAGAUUGGGUCUCUUGAGGUUGGCAAAAAGGCUGAUAUGAUAGUUGUGAAUCCUUUUUCAUGGACCAUGGUUCCUUUGCAUGAUCGCAUCUCUAGCCUCGUCUACUGCAUGCGAACAGAGAAUAUUGAUUCAGUCAUGUGCAAUGGUCAGUGGAUUAUGAAGGAUCAUAAGAUCUUGAAUGUAAAUGAGGAAGAAGUAACAUCGCUAGCAAUGCAAGCUUCAGAUGAUCUUCUGAGGAGAGCGGGAAUCUAUCUUCCAAAAAGAAUGAAUUAUCUGUAAAUAUAAAUUCAUGAAUGUUUAUAAUGUUCUAGUAUAUAUAAAAAUAUGUAAUAUACAUAUGUGUCCGUGAUAAAUAAAUGCUGUUUGGGUUGAGAUAAUAAUGACAGUUAUUCUGCA